GUUUAGCUGUUGUUGUCACACUGGAAGAAAAUGGCUGCUGCUCCGACUUUUUUUCACUGAAGACACUGAUAUUUCCAUUUCAUUUUGUUUCAUUGCACUGGGGGCUUUUCUCGACCGCUAUGCAACCUCAAAGGCAAGGUGUGAAUGGUCACUCUAGGAAGGUGACAGUGUGGGGCAGAAAGGACAGCAUCGUAAACUGUCACUCGCCUUGCAGCUGGCAGUGGACCACAAUGCAACAAGUUCUGGAAUAUGCAUUGGAUCGAGCCGAGUACAUUGUGGAAAGUGCUCGACAGCGACCAGCCAAAAGAAGAAUCUCAUCCAGCGGCAGGAAGAGUUUGUAUCAGAAGCUCCAUGAGCUCUAUAUUGAAGAAUGUGAAAAAGAACCAGAGUUAAAGAAUCUGAGAAGAAAUGUGAAUCUACUAGAAAAGCUGGUGUCUCAGGAGUCUGUAUCGUGUCUGGUGGUCAACCUGUACCCUGGGAAUGAAGGCUAUUCGCUAAUGCUCAGGGGCAAAAAUGGAUCCGACUCUGAAACCAUCCGUCUCCCAUAUGAAGAAAGAGAGCUUCUGGAGUACCUGGAUGCGGAGGAGUUGCCUCCCAUUCUGGUGGAUCUGUUGGAGAAAUCACAGGUGAACAUCUUCCACUGUGGCUGUGUAAUAGUCGAGGUGAGAGACUACAGGCAAGCUGGUAAUACAAAGAUCCCCACCUAUCAGAGCAGGCACAUUCUUCUGCGGCCAACCAUGCAGACUCUAAUCUGUGACGUGCAUGCCAUGACCAGUGACCACCACAAGUGGACACAGGAUGAUAAAUUGCAGCUGGAGAGUCAGUUGAUUUUGGCCACAGCUGAACCUCUGUGCCUGGAUCCUUCCAUUUCUGUUACUUGCACAGCCAACCGUCUGCUCUACAACAAACAGAAAAUGAACACUCGCUCGAUGAAACGGUGUUUUAAGAGGCACUCCCGGGCUGCUUUGAACAGACAGCAGGAACUAUCUCAUCUGCCCGUGCCACCACAGCUACGACUCUACGACUACCUUCAGAAGAGGAAGGAAAGGAAACCUGCUCCUGUCAUAGACUUAAAAAUCUCAAAGGUUGGAAAUUGUGUCGACAUGUGGAAGCAGAACAACUGCCAGCUAACAGUACCGAAGGAGAUUGAUGUGGAAAAGUAUGCCGUGGUUGAGAAAUCGUUGCAGUUGGGAGACGCUCAAACCACUGUGAUCUGGCCUGCUGAAGAAGUUAUAGAUGACUACACAUUUGAAUGUGAAGUGGGCGGCCAAGCUCAGAGAACCAAGGUGUCCAUCUUCCAGUCGAUGGGGGACCCGCUGGUUUAUGGGAAGAUCUACUCUGCUAAAGAAACAAAAGCAGAGGAGGACAGCCCAGAUUUAAAGCUUAUACAUCCGACUUUCCUCAUAGGGUCAAAGAUCGAUGCAGAAAGGUUUCUUACCCAGUACAAAGGAGUCUAUGAGAAAGAUGUGAAGUGUGAGGUCAGGAUGUCCCAUAACUCAGGCAACGUGGGACAGGGGCCUCUGUCCCCCAGCAAAGAUGAGGGUGAUGGUAUUUCUCCUCUUGUACAGACGUCUGUGUUAGGAAAAGGGGUGAAGCAUCGACCCCCUCCCAUAAAACUGCCUUCAGGAUCGGGCAGCAGCUCCUCAGGUAAUCCGUAUAGUUCGCAAACCACGAGUGGUUUACUAAAGUGUCCUACGCCGCCACCUCCAGCCAAAAGCCAGACUCUGAACAGGAAGCACUCCAUGGAGCUGGGCCAGGUGGGCCUGCUGUCACCUGCCUCCCUCUCGCCGAUGGGCUCCACGCAGAGAUCGGGAACCCCUAAGCCUUCUACUCCCACACCCACCAACACACCAUGCUCAACCCCUCACCCUACCGAUGCGCUCUCCACGCCCCUCUCAGUGACCCCUACCCCCACGGAUCCUGCCAUGGUUCAGAGCCAGUCACAAGCUCCCCUGCUUACACCUUUCGCCCAGCAACAACUGGCUCUUAGCCAGCCUCUACCUGUCAUGUCCAUCCCUCUUCCCACCAUGGGGACAUCGAUCACCACAGGAUCCACCUCUUCACAAGUUAUGGCAAACCCAGGGCUCAACUUCAUAAACGUGGUCAGCUCUGUCUGCAGUCCCCAGACUUUAAUGAGUGGCUCCAACCCAAUGCUGGGUCCAGGUCUUAAUUUGAGUGGAAUCCUGCCACCUGCAGGGUUGAUGUCCACCAUGCAGUCCGGUGCCCAGACUGGGAGUCCUUUUGGUCUGAACAACAGUGCUGGACUGAGACCGCUGAACCUGUUACAGAUCCCCCCUGGUCCUUACAUCCUUAACUCUCUGCAGCAGCAGCAGCUGUCCCAGUUCUCCCCACAGCAGAGUCAGUCAGCUACGUCCAGUCCUCAACAGCAGGGGGAGAUGAGCGACCAGGGAUCCGAUCAGAGUUUAGGAAACCAGCAGACGGCUGUCAUCAAUCUCGGGGUUGGAAGCUUCAUGUCUCCACAGACAGCAGAGGAACGUGUAAAACUGGCAGGAGAGACUCAACUUCCCCCUCUUCUCUGCUACAUUUUCUCUUUUUUUUCAUUCCCCCCUGUUAUUUUAUUUUAUUUUUUGCCUCCACCCUUUUCCCCCGUUCUGUAUUGCCCUCCUUCCUCUCAAAUCACUCUGUUCCUUCACGCCUUAACUCCCCACCCAAUUCAUGCUAUUUGCCCAGUUGCAAUUCUUGCAGCACCAAAUGCAGCAGCAGCAAAUGGCUAUGGGAGCAGCGGUUCCUCAGGUGGGAGCGCCACGGCAACAUACCGGCAGUCAGCCAAGAAGUAAGAGGAAGAGGAGCACGCCACAGCCCCUCCCAAAGUCAUAGCAGACAGAAGUCACACUAAACCCCCAGCCCUACACACACACACACACACAAGGACAUGAAUGAUCUAUACUGUGCUGUUUGUCUGCCUCACUUUUAAGACAGCAGACAAAAGACUUGUUUAUGCUUUUUCUAUCUGAUAAAUUUGUAUGUAUUGGUUCUCAGAAGUUUUGGAAAGCCAAAACGUCCACUGUGGAGGAUCAGGUUUUUACAACAGGGACUACUUUUCAAGUGAGAUGGUCCAGAAGAAGGUGGGUCUGGUAAGCAACGGGCCUCCAUGGUUACAAUGUCCCGUUAGGAAGACUUUUUUUUUGUGAGGACUGAGAGGAGCCCGGAUGCACAUUCUCAGGAGGAUUUUGCACGGGGCCGCCUGAUCCUCCUGCCUCUGCUUUGUUGACCCCCCAAUUCCCCUAUCCCAAAAUAAAAAACCCCAGUAGAUACUGCCCUUUAAGCACAGAUACAAGCUGAGCUUAUAUUGACACCAAAUCCUCCAUGUAACCAUGACGACUUUGUGAGAAUGCAAACCUGAUCUUGGGAGUAUUGCCUGGGGGCAGCUGUCUACCUCUCAGUCUGUUGGAAGUGUUUCUUCUGUUAGCGGUUCCAGCAAACAGGACUCAAGAUCAACAUGCAAGACAAGGUGUACUUUUUGUACAGCAUAUUUUGAAAAAGGUGUCACCUUUUAAUAAGUCCAGGAGCCAUGAGCAUAUUCUUUACAUGACAUCAGCUGAGCGUGCGCGAGGCAUUUCUGGACACUGAGAAAUAAUUUUUUAAGCAGCCUUUGUCAUCAGUUUUAUUGUUAUUAAAAAAAGAAUAUAUAUUGACAGUGGAAAAUACAGCUUUUAGAUAUAAAA